GUUUAAUGGUCGCGCGCCAACCUUAACCAUUUGUUGUCUAUAUUGGCAGCAACCAGCAACAAUCUCGACGCUCACUUGUUCUUUCAACCACCGGGGGUUCGGAGCAAGGUACCACUCUCGCGCCUGGCAAUUAUUGUUUCUUUGCGUGAAAAACUGUUCGGUGGUUCAUGCGGACUAUUUGCUACGGAAUUUUUUGUUUAAUUAUUUUUUUUUUGUUUUUUUUUAAAUUUUUAGGUUUAAGGCAAAUAGUAAAAUGGCCAGCGUUCUAAGAUGGUAUAAUAGUUUUAUGUUGGAAUAUCAAGAUGAGCUCACAAAAGAUUGGAUCAUGGUGGGGAGUCUUGGAAAAUUGUUGCUCUUGCUUAUAGCCUAUGUAACUUUUUGUACGAAAAUUGGACCUAAAUUUAUGAAAGAUCGGAAACCCUUCAAGUUGGCCCGUACUAUACAGCUCUAUAAUAUUUUUCAAGUUUUAGCAAAUAUUUACCUGGUACAUGAGGGACUAAGUAGUGGUUGGUUUACCAGCUACAACUUUCAAUGCGAACCUGUGGAUUAUACUGGAUCACCAUCAGCGCAUAGAAUGAGAAGUGCAGUUUGGUUCUACUACAUCAUUAAACUGACAGAUCUCUUGGACACGGUCUUUUUCGUUCUAAGAAAAAAAUACAACCAAGUGACUUUCCUCCAUAUGUACCAUCACAGUUUGAUGCCUAUUUGCUCUUACAUCGGAGUAACUUUUGUUCCAGGUGGUCAUGGUUCCUUGCUAGGCGUCUGUAAUGCUUUUGUUCAUAUCGUUUUGUAUUCGUACUACUUCUUGGCUUCGCUGGGACCCGAAAUGCAAAAAUACUUAUGGUGGAAAAAACACGUUACUAAACUUCAAUUGGUUCAGUUUCUUAUCAUCUUAGUCCACAACGUUCAAGUCCUUCCCAGAGAAUGCAAUUACCCCAAAGUCUUCAACGUUCUUCUAGCGAUCCAAGCCGGAUACUUCAUUUACCUUUUUGGCUCGUUCUACGUAAGAGCUUACAUUGAAAAGAAGCCACAACCUACAAUAAUCAAGGAUUCCACCGGAAAAACUGAAAAAAAUGGUAACACAAUCUUGCCCAAUGGAACAAUCGCGAAUGGAGAAGUUAAUGGAUACAUUGCCAACGGUGUUCUCAAUGGGCACGUGUCAAACGGAAAUAGUAUUAGUAAUGGAAAAUCUAAAACCAAUUAGGAAACUUAAAAAUAAACCAAAACCGUAUGACAAAAGUAGAGAUAAUUUUAUUUAAAUUCAGGUUGAGAAUGCUAUGCAUUCUAAAUUAUCUGAAGUGCGGUUAUGGUUGUUGGUAAAUGUUGACCUGCUCAAUUUUUACUUCUGUGAUAGUUUGUUGUAUAUGGUAUGAAAAUAAAUGCAGGAAAGUUUUGAAUAAAAUUUUUGCACUUGUUUGUUGGUCAGUAUUUGGUAAGUUCUGUUUUAAGUGCAGAACAUAGAGCAGGAUUCUUUAGAUGGGUAUGCAGGGUUUGCUUUUUUGUUUGUGAUUAUUUUUGCAAAUAUCGUUUCGAAUUUUUACUUUUUCUAAAAUGUUAACCUUAGUUUAUGUUUACUUUUUUGGAAUUGUACAUUGUGUCAAUGUAGAAUGUAGGAACUAAAAUUACUCCUAGAUUAGAGAGUUAUUGGAACUAUUAAAUACUGCCUCGCAGUAUUAAGGAUCUACGUUAUUUUAUUAGUGCAUCAGCACUAUUUUUCCAAGAAAAAAACAGUUAUUGAAAGACUGUGGUAGGUGCUAGAGUAUUACCUUAUUUUGUAUUCAUAAUUUUGACGGAUGAUAGCUAUGUUUAUAAAUUUCAGCCUCAAAAAGUGUUUAUUUUUGUUUGUGAUUUUCUGCUGAUACUCAUUUUUUGAUGUUACCCACAGUAAAAUGGAAAACUAUUGUAAAAAAUAAAUUUUUUAAGUAAAAUUACGUCAUCGACGAAAAGCAAAACGUCAAAGUCGUCCGAAAUGUCAGGAAUUUGAAAUAAGGGAAGUUUACUGCAUCGCACUAAUCAUACCUACACAAAUAAAGAAAAGCAGUAACCUUAUUAAGGGAAUCCUUAUUUUCAGACCCAAAUACGCAUGCGUAGAUGUCAAAAUAAGGCUAAUUUAAAUACUGCUUGUCCUUAUUGCACGUCCAAUAACUCUCUAUUAUCUCAGGCAUGGUGUAUUUAAUUGCUCUAUGAAAGUAAUUCCAACAUCAGCGUUUAAAAAAAAACAAAUACUACCUACAACAACAUAAUAAUUAACCUCUUUAGCCCUCUACCUUACGCAGAGCCACCUCAAUUGAAUGGAAAAAGCAGAUAUAUUACAUAAAUUUUAUUUUAUAGGUUUUUAUGGCAAAACUACUCAUGUUAUCACUUUAACGCGAGUAGGUUAUCGCAUUUUGAAUUGUAAAAUUUCUUCAAGUUGUCCAUCAAACCUGAAUUUUUUCAGGUUAAGAAAAGCGUCUCCAAAGUUGGAGUUAAAAUGAAUUUUCGAUUAUUUGUUGUUCCAUUCAAGCAAGUUAUAUAGGUACCUACUCACAUAUAAAAAUGUAUGAAAUAAAAUUCAAACUUCUGAGAUAACAGGGAUUUUUAGUAAAACGCUAGUUUAUGAAUAAUUAGUUAGCUACUAUUCAAUGCUGACACUUGGGUGGUGAUUGUGAAUAAAUACUUUAAAAAUAUGUAUUAUAAAUAGGUACCUUACUAAAAGUACCACACAAUAUCGAAAAAAGUUUUUGCCAAAACUUUUAUUUUUGCUCUAAAUCGUUCUCAAAGCCUUUAAAAAGGGAUAGGUAGGUAACUCUAAAUAGCACAGGAUUUUGAAAACUUUUCUAUAAGUAGGUACCUAUAAGCUUAACAUUAUGUUGAAUCGAUAAGUUGUCGUGUUUUAUAUUUAAAUAUUAUGUUAUAUGUAAUUAUUAUUUAUGUAUUAAGGGUAUUAACUAUAGAUGAUUGUGCGCUGACAGUUUGUAAAUCACCCGUGGGCAUAUUAUAAGGCAACAAGCAAUGCCCGUGGCUUAUACAAAAUUUUGUUUUAUUGGUUCUAAGUAAUGUAAAUAAAAUUUUACGUUGGUUUAUUCGGUAAACAUUAGCACUUUUAUAAGUUUUGUUCGUAUUUUUUCCAAUAUCCAAUUUAACUGGAACAUAUCUCGUAAUAUGUUUUCCUUCUCUCUUUUAGAAAUGGGUAUUACUUUAGCUUAAGAUAAAGUAUUUGAAACUUUCGUAAACGCCUUACAAAAAAUUUUGUUUAAUUAAGGUUUUGUAAUUUUCACGCUUAGAAACAUAAAUUUAUCUCAAAUAUUGAUAUUAUUUUCUAUUGAAUUAUUUUUAAUCGUUCUUGGUUUACAAAAUAGCAUAAAUAAUUUCUGGAGAAAAUAAAAUAAAGGGAAUUAUGAUCCAUGGUCAUUACACGUGGGUAAAUACACUUGGAUAGAAACAAUAGGAUAAUUAAAUUAAUAGUAAAUGCACAUUGGUAAAUUCUUUUUGUACACUACAUAUGGAACAUAUUAUUAUCUAAAUGUAACUGGGAAUAUACUAUUUUCCUCGAAGGUGAAAAAAAUAGUUAUCGUAUAAUGGGUUGUCAAAAAUAAAAUACAUUAUUUUGUUAUCUUUCUUUACAUUAAGGAUUUUUAUAGGUAAUUUUCAAAGAUGUUGUGAAAUUCUUACGAGAAUACAUAUUAAUAAGGUGCUACAGCCAAUAUCUUGCCCCAGAAUUGGUGCAUUUAUAAUGUAAAAAUGUAUAUUUAUUCAACAUGGCUUUUGAAAUUUGUACAUAAUUUUACUCAAUAAAUUGUAAAAAGAAUGUG